AUGUCGAACAUGGCUAACCUAAAUCCCCCGGCGUACGGGGGAGGUAUCACUGGUUUGGUUGGUAUGCCAAAUAACUCUAGAGUUUUAGCCCCGAUGCACCACUUGGCAAUGGGACAGACACCACCACCUUCACUUAACCCUGCUAUGACAACUUUUGGUCUUGGGUUUCCGACUAUGGUCGCUGCAAACCAUAUGAAUAACCAAAGACAAAUGCAAAUGUCAAUGAGUCAAACUCCCUCACCUCCGAUCCCUCGGAACUCUGUCUACCUUCAGAG